AUGUCUGCUGCUGCCUCGCCAUCCAUCGAAGAGAUCAUAGGAGGAUUUACACUUGGCAUAGAUAUUGCAAUCAUUCUGUAUGGGAUUGUUACUGCACAGGCAUACUUUUAUUGGUGGACAUCGCAGGAUGACUCGAGCUUAGUUCGCUCAUUAGUUGCAUCUGUAUGGGUUUUGGAGACCAUACACACAGUCUUUUGCUUGUAUAUGAGUUACCAUUACACAAUCAUUGACUUUGGGGACCUCGAAGGCAUCCUCCAGAUCACUUGGAGUGCUGGUGCUACAGUGUUCGUAGAGGCUUGGUUCAGAGGUGGGACUUCUGUGUGUUUCCUGGCAGUAUCUCAUGUUUUGUCUCCCCAGCUUUUUUAUUUGGCGAACCUGGAUAUUGAGCAGAGGAUCAGCUUCCCUAGUCUCCACACUAGUGAGCCAUUGUUUCCUCAAAUUCUUGAGUAUUUGGGUCUGAAUACCACAAAGGCAAUCUUGCUCUUCAUGCGUAUCGUUUUUGGGCUUGCAACAGCAAGCUUAUUAUGGAAAUUCAAUACUUGGGUUGAGUUCAGAACAUUUCAUGGACUUCUGGUCACAUUUACAUGUGGCAUUAGUCUUUCAGGAAUCCUGGAUGUACUUAUUGCUCUUAGCCAAAUUUAUUAUCUCUGGACUAGCCGAACAGGCCACACAGUGACUGAUAACUUGGUGCGGACGCUGAUGGCCUACAUUAUCAACACUGGUGCUCUGACAAUGUGCAUUUCUAUAAGUCUCAUUGCAACGUUUUGGGCGCCAGCUUUGAAAAACAGUCUACUCUUUGGUGGAUUGGUUGAGAUUCAAAGCAAACUUUAUGCAAACUCACUGAUUGCUAUGCUGAACGCACGACAACACUUCAAAGCUGAACGACAGCAUUCUUCUAACCUUGUUGAGAUUGAGUUACAUAAUGUGAGCCGCGAAUCGGCCAGACCGCGAAACAUCGAGAUAUUCCGUGAUACAACAGAGGUUACUGAUCAUAGCUUAAGCAAGCAUAGCACCACUGGAAAGGAUUAG